AUGGGUUUUAACACUACCAACAAUACUUGUAAUCCGUUAGAGUCAGUCGUGGGCGGUCACUGGUCACUGGUCAACACGGGAAUCAACAUUCACGGUUCCUUGAGACUUGAGUCCACCAGGUCCUUAUCAAUCGGAUAUGUACAGCCAAAUCCUGUUCAGAGUCCACUUUCAUUUCAAGCUUUUCCCAAGAAGCUUACGAGUCAAUGA